CGCAGCCGGGCCCGCUCCUCCUGCGCUCAGCCAGUGUCCGGCCGCGGGCCGGCCUUGGUGACUGGGGGCUGCGGGCCCGGGGCCGGCGGGCGCGGGCGCGGGCUGCCUUCGUCGGGCCCCGAGCUCGCCCGGAGCGAGCAGCCGCCCGCGAGCUGCCGCGGAGCCUCCUCGCCCGCUCCCGCCGGCGAGCAAGAUGAUGUGCGAGGUGAUGCCGACCAUCAGUGAAGCAGAAGGCCCGCCAGGAGGAAGCGGGAGCCAUGGGUCCGGCUCCCCUUCGCAGCCAGAUGCAGAUUCACAUUUUGAACAGUUGAUGGUGUCCAUGCUGGAAGAGAGGGACCGUCUUCUGGACACGCUGAGAGAGACUCAGGAAACGCUGGCAUUGACCCAGGGGAAGUUACACGAGGUUGGUCAUGAGAGAGACUCCUUGCAGAGGCAGCUCAAUACUGCACUCCCACAGGAGUUCGCGGCACUUACUAAGGAGCUCAACGUCUGCAGGGAGCAGCUCCUGGAGAGAGAGGAAGAGAUCGCGGAACUGAAGGCAGAAAGAAACAACACCAGGCUGCUGCUGGAGCAUUUGGAGUGCCUCGUGUCCAGGCAUGAGCGGUCCCUGCGGAUGACAGUGGUGAAGCGGCAGGCUCAGUCCCCGGCGGGCGUGUCCAGCGAGGUGGAGGUGCUCAAAGCCCUGAAGUCCUUGUUUGAGCACCACAAAGCCCUGGAUGAAAAGGUGAGGGAGCGGCUGCGAGUAGCACUCGAAAGGUGUAGUUUGUUAGAAGAAGAACUGGGGGCUACACACAAAGAGCUAAUGAUUCUUAAAGAACAGAAUAAUCAGAAGAAAACACUAACCGACGGAGUGCUUGACAUGAACCAUGAACAAGAAAAUACUCCGAGCACAAAUGGAAAGAGAUCUUCUGACGGUUCUUUAAGCCACGAGGAAGACCUUGCCAAAGUCAUCGAGCUCCAGGAAAUCAUAGAUAAGCAGUCGAAGGAGCAGAGCCAGAUGAAGGAGCGCCUGGCCGCCCUCUCCCGUCACGUGGCGGAGCUGGAGGAGGACCUGGACACUGCCAGGAAGGACCUCAUCAAGUCUGAGGAAGUGAACACAAAACUGCAGCGCGACGUUCGUGAAGCCAUGGCCCAGAAGGAAGACAUGGAAGAGAGGAUCACUACUCUUGAAAAACGCUACCUCGCGGCACAGCGCGAAGCCACCUCUGUGCACGACCUCAAUGAUAAACUUGAAAAUGAGAUUGCAAAUAAAGACUCUAUGCAUCGGCAGACUGAGGAUAAAAACCGGCAGUUACAAGAGCGCCUGGAGCUGGCGGAGCAGAAGCUGCAGCAGACUUUGAGGAAGGCCGAGACGCUCCCCGAGGUGGAGGCCCAGCUGGCCCAGAGGGUGGCGGCGCUCUCCAAGUCUGACCUUUUGUCUUCUGGAAGCUCUGCUGCUAAGGAAGCUAAACUGUUCCAACUCACUUCCCAGCUUAGGAAGGCCGAGGAGAGGCACGGCAACAUUGAGGAGAGGCUCCGCCAGAUGGAGGCGCAGUUGGAGGAGAAAAACCAGGAACUGCAGCGGGCAAGGCAGAGAGAAAAAAUGAAUGAAGAACAUAACAAGCGUUUGUCAGACACUGUUGACAAGCUUCUUUCUGAAUCCAAUGAGCGGCUUCAGCUUCAUCUUAAGGAGAGAAUGGCUGCUCUGGAAGACAAGAAUUCUCUAUUGCGAGAAGUUGAAACUGCGAAGAAGCAGUUGGAAGAAGCGCAACAUGAUAAGGAUCAGCUUGUCCUAAACGUGGAAGCACUGAGAGCCGAGUUAGACCAGACAAGACUGAGAGGCACGCCCCUUCAUCACGGCCGACCGCACUUGGGCAGUGUCCCUGAUUUCCGAUUCUCUGUGGCAGACGGUCCCACGGACUCCUACAGCAGCAGUGCGGUGUUGCGGCGCCCCCAGAAGGGCCGUCUGGCUGCUCUGCGAGAUGAGCCUUCCAAGGUACAGACUCUGAAUGAACAAGAUUGGGAACGUGCCCAACAAGCUAGCGUGCUGGCGAAUGUGGCACAAGCAUUUGAGAGUGAUGUCGACGUGUCUGAUGGCGAAGACGAUAGGGACACUCUCUUCAGUUCGGCCGCUCUGCUGUCGCCCAGUGGGCAGGCCGAUGCCCAGACGCUGGCCAUGAUGCUUCAGGAACAGCUGGAUGCCAUCAACAAAGAGAUCAGGCUGAUACAAGAAGAGAAGGAGAGCACGGAGCAACGGGCAGAGGAGAUUGAGAGCCGAGUGGGCAGCGGCACUUUAGACAGCCCGGGUCGGUUCAGAUCGGUGGGCACCGCCCCCCCACACCCCACGUCCACGCUCGCAGGCCCCUCCCCUCCGCACAGCGGGCGCUCCACCCCGAGAAGGGGCCCGCACAGCCCCGCCAGGGAGGUGGACAGACUGGGGGUCAUGACUCUACUGCCGACUUCCCGCGAAGAGGUACGAGAUGACAAGGCAACGAUAAAAUGUGAAACGUCCCCCCCUUCCUCCCCAAGACCCCUCCGCUUAGACAGGCUGCACAAAGGAGCGCUGCACACGGUCAGCCACGAGGACAUCAGGGACGGCAGAAACUCCACAGGCUCACAGGAUGGCCCCGUGAGCAACCCCAGCAGCAGCAACAGUAGCCAGGACUCGCUGCACAAAGCCCCCAAGAAGAAGGGCAUCAAGUCCUCGAUUGGCCGGUUGUUUGGCAAGAAAGAGAAAGGCCGUCCCGGCCACGCUGGCAAGGAGCCCACGGGACCAGCUGCUGCUUCAGAGACAGAAAACUCCUCUCAGGAUGCCCUGGGACUCAGCAAAUUGGGAGGACAGGCUGAAAAAAAUCGUAAACUUCAAAAAAAGCAUGAAUUGCUCGAGGAAGCCCGGAGACAAGGUUUGCCUUUUGCACAGUGGGAUGGACCGACCGUUGUUGUUUGGCUAGAGCUAUGGGUUGGGAUGCCUGCCUGGUACGUGGCCGCUUGCCGAGCCAAUGUGAAAAGUGGGGCCAUCAUGUCGGCCCUGUCGGACACGGAGAUCCAGCGUGAGAUCGGCAUCAGCAACCCUCUGCACAGGCUGAAGCUGAGGCUGGCGAUUCAGGAAAUCAUGUCCCUGACAAGUCCGUCAGCCCCUCCUACUUCGAGAACGACCACAGGAAAUGUCUGGUUAACGCACGAAGAGAUGGAAACGCUCACAGCCACGCCACAAACGGAGGAUGAGGAGGGAACCUGGGCUCAGACCCUUGCCUAUGGGGACAUGAACCACGAGUGGAUUGGCAAUGAGUGGCUGCCCAGCCUGGGCCUGGCGCAGUACCGCAGCUACUUCAUGGAGUGCCUGGUGGACGCACGCAUGCUGGACCACCUGACCAAGAAGGACCUGCGCGGGCAGCUGAAGAUGGUCGACAGUUUCCACAGAAACAGUUUCCAGUGUGGAAUUAUGUGCCUGCGGAGGUUAAAUUAUGACCGAAAAGAACUGGAGAGAAAAAGAGAAGAAAGCCAGAAUGAAAUAAAAGAUGUGCUAGUUUGGAGCAAUGAUCGAGUGAUUCGCUGGAUCCUAUCGAUCGGCCUUAAAGAAUACGCCAAAAAUCUCAUCGAGAGUGGCGUUCACGGCGCGCUGAUGGCCUUGGAUGAGACCUUCGAUGCCAACGCCCUGGCGCUCCUGCUGCAGAUCCCGACACAGAACACGCAGGCUCGUGCUGUCUUGGAAAGAGAGUUUAACAACCUUUUGGUCAUGGGGACUGACCGAAGGUUUGAUGAAGACGAUGAUAAAAGCUUUAGGAGGGCACCUUCUUGGAGAAAAAAGUUUAGACCAAAGGACGUUCGUGGCUUAGCUGCUGGGUCAGCAGAGACUCUCCCUGCAAACUUCCGGGUCACUUCCUCUCUGUCCUCACCCUCUAUGCAGCCAAAGAAGAUGCAGCUGGACGUUUACCCGCACUACUUCUACAGAUGAUCGUGCACCACUUUGAAUCCCACAAAGACUACAUUUUAAAAUUCAACGGAAUCUUUAAUCUGUUAAUACUUGUUAUAUGGACCCUGAGAUAUUUUAUUACAGAGUUUUUAAUUAGCGAAAAAUUCAUGAAUACUAUAGAGAAAAUAUUUUAGAAUUUAAUGUUUCUUAUAUUUAUGUAAACUUAUGACUUCAUUUAUAUAGUUACUUACUUUUUCAUGUAUAUCCAGGCUAUAAAUAUCCUUUCAAAUCAAUUCGUGUUCUUAUAUCUAAUUUAGUCUUUCAAAUGAAUGUACUGUAAUGCUUGUAUGUAUAAAUCCUAUGAACAAAUAUAGGGCUUUUGUAAAUUGUGCAUUUAUUGUAAUUAUCAUUACUUAAUUUGUUAUUAAUAAACCCUGACCGAGAGAAGGAUUCUACCGCAUUUGUAAAAUCAUCAUGACACAGCGUGUGUUAUCAAACAAAACCUAGCUCUACAACAAUCAUUUUGAAAUCAGCAGACUUCAUUUCAAGCAAUUGUUGUUGUAUUUUAAUGACUGACCUUAACUAUACUUUUUCUAGCAAGAAAUGCUUUAUACCAUAGCCUGAACAGUUUAAAAAUAUCUGGUGUUAAAUAUCAGCUUCUGAAAAUUUGGACUGGAAAGACUAUGAAAAUCUCUUAGGACUGGUGAACUCUUUAUAGGCUUGUCCUGGUGGGCUCCGGCAGCCUGUGUUUAGCGACUGGCUGAAGCCGCGAGCUGAGGACCCUGAGAGCCUGGGGAGGGGGGGGCCCUGGGCGGGGGGCCUGGGUGCCCUCCUGGUGCGGAGCUCGCUGGCGAGAACUCUUAGAGGACCAAUCAGGAAGCACUGCGCCCCCCCCCCCCCCCCCCGGAAAUAAUGUAGUGCAAUUCUAACAAAGGCCUUACUGUUCUUAUGGAAAUCAUCUUUUUACAUUUGUUUGUAAACAUGUUUAAAGAAUGGACCUAGUCGUACAUUUUUAGAUUUUGAUGAGAUAGCCGUUUUGGAUUGUAUAAGUAGCAAAUGUAACUCUUACUUUCUACUUGGCAUAUUAAAAAGCCAGCAAGAAAUGUGUUCACAUCAUGGUGCAUUAUUUAUUAUGCAGCUGAUACAUAGAUAGAAACGGCAUGUCCUUACAUUUGGUUUCUGCUUUUAAUUUACUUGUACAAUUCACUGUUACCGUCCUGUUUUUCUAUUAAUCUUUUGUGAACUUCCUGAUUAUGUAACAAAGUAUGUACAGUCUACUUUUGAACUGUUUUUAUCACAGUAUUAUUUAUUGCUGUCUUUCAAUACAGUCCUGAAGCAUUUUCCACUGCCAAUAAAGGAUACUGA